AUGAGCGCCCACAAGGGCCAACCGCUGGGUAACCCGCAGCAGAAUCAGGAUCUCGUUAACGCAGUAAUCUCGGUGCUGGGCACGCCGGAACAGCCCACCACGGUGGCCAGCGUCUUCUCGAACGAGCGCAACCUGGCUACCGAGGUCCAGGCGUACGCCAAGAUCGCGGGCCGCGACUGGACCUUCUACGUCAAGCACCUGGUGAUCACCAUCGGGCGUAACACGGACCCGCAGGACCACACCGUGGACAUCGACCUGGGCCCCGCCAAGGUCGUGUCGCGAAAACAUGCCACCAUCAAGUACAACCUAGCCGAGGGCUUCUGGGAGUUGCAGGUGCAGGGCCGCAAUGGUGCGAAAGUGGACUUUCAGCGUGUCAGCGCCGGACCGCAGGCCGAUCCAGUGCAGCUGCAGUCGGGCUCCAUUUUGGACAUCGGGGGCACUCAGAUGAUGUUCAUCCUGCCGGACCGCAGCCCCUACGUGGAGCAAAGGGCGCUCGACCAUCUGGCGCCGAAACUUAACGCUGCAUUUGGAAACGCUACUGGCAACCCCAAUCCCCUGCUGCAGGACGCGCUGCGGGACGCAUCGCAACCCAAAAACGCCGUCAAGGCCUUCCGCAUGUACAACUCGUAUGAGAAUCCCUACGCGCCUUCCGCGGUAUCUUCUUACAACGCUCCGCAGAUGGGCGCCGGCUACGGUUCGAUAAUGGACCCUGGUCUGCUGGCGGCUAACGACAUCGCGUCGGACUUGUCUCGUGACGAAAACAAAAAUGUCAAGCCCCCAUUCUCCUACGCCACCAUGAUCACACAAGCCAUUCUGUCCAAUCCGGAGGGUGUACUAUCGCUUGCCGAUAUCUACAAGUACAUCUCAUCCAACUACGCGUACUACCGGUACAUCAAGACGGGCUGGCAAAAUUCCAUUCGCCACAACCUUUCACUAAAUAAGGCCUUUGAGAAAGUGCCCCGAAAACCUAAUGAACCAGGAAAGGGCAUGAAAUGGCGCAUCAGUAAAGACUAUCAGAAGGACUUUUUGGAUAAGUGGCAAUCCGGGAAGAUAUCAAAGGUAAGAAGGGGAUCGUCAGUUGCAAGGCAGCUGCAGCUUCACAUGACAAAGUUCAAUAGCCUGCCUAUUCAGGAUACAUCGUCUGAGUCUCCAGCACAGCCUCCCCUGAGCGACCAGCAGGAGCAGGAGCAGCAGCAGGAGCAGCAGCAGCAGCAUGAGUCUCAACAGGAGCGUCAGCACCAACAGCACCAGCACCAACAACAGCAGCAGCAGCAGCAGCAGCACCUUCAACAGCAGCACCUCCAGCAACAGCAACUCCAACACCAGCAACAGCAGCAGCAGCUCCAGCAGCAGCACCAACAACAGUUUCAGCAGCAGCAAUUCCAUCAGAAGCAGUUUAGGCCCCAGCAACUGCCGCACCUGCAGCAACUGCACACUUCUUCAGAUCAGCUCCCUGAUCAGUCUCAGCGACAAAACCUCCAAAAGCUCCAGCAGUCGGCGCCGGCAUCCCAAUUCUACGGCACGCUGCAGCCUAAUGUGCCGCUCCCCCCAACGUCUUCGCUUUCACCUUUAGUGCCUCAGAGACCCUCUUCACCCCAGAUGCAACCACCCAUAAGUAUUCCUUCGAGGCAACCAACCUCCACAUAUCCUACGCUACCCAGACCCACGACACGCACCCACAACUCUGUAACGAGCGGGAGCAGUCUCCCCGGGUCCGCUGCCAGAAUAUCACCCACGCAGGACACGCUUCUGAGAUCCCCAACUAAGCCUUUCCACAUCACUGCAAUGGAGGCUUAUACACCUGAGCGGGGAAGCUCCCACGUUAAUAGAUCACCGACCGGCUCAAACUCCCAGCAAAAUGCAGAUUCUAGGCUUUCCACAAGACAAGCUUCGCAGACGGCACAAAGUUCACCUGGUGUGUGGAAUUUGCUGCAAUUUAGUUCUGUAAACAACACGCCUGCGGGAUUCCGGGCCAUGGAGGAGGCUGCACAGGCGAACAAUAUGGGAGAUGGGCCAAGGCCCCUGCAGACGGGACCACAAAUGGGAAGGGCUACGCAGGACAAUCCUAACUUACCGACUCUCCACAUUAAUGGUUCCGCAGCUGAAACAGAUAAGAUGAGGGCACAACAUGAUAUGGGAGGCAACAGCAUAAGCGGCAAAGGCAACAGCAGUGCUGAAUACGUGUCUUCGCCCAUCAAAAACCAUAACCGGGACGAUGCCCCGGGGUCAAAAGAGCUUAUGCUGGACCGUGAGGGCGCCAAAAUCAGUGUUGUUGACGAGCGGACCUAA